ACCGAACUCAACAACCAACUGCCCACCAAUUGCAUCAGCUCGCCGGUGAUUCCCGAACGCCCACGACGAGUCGACGCUCGACUUUCUAGAACUGUUGCGCCGUCCAUCGAGAACGAGAAUACCCGUGCCCCUGUUGAGUGAACCGUUCACCUCAACCGCCCAAGAUGAAGCCCGUUGUGAGCGCCAUGCAAGCAUGGUCUUGCUUUGUUAUUUCGGUAUUUGCGAUCGUUAUCCUUUCUGUCCUCGGCCUCCUCUUCCGGGGUAACCAUCCCGAACUCGUUGGCGGCGAGGAGGAUCCUGUAGACGGGCCGGCAGUUGCAGCCACCGUCUUCACGGCCGUUAUCAUCUACGCGGGGUUCCUCGUCUUCUGCGGCUGCCAGGGCCUGCUGCACCUCCGCGAGAACCGGAGAGGCGCGAUCGCACUAUAGAGGGGCACCAUAUUGGUUUUGGAAACAUGGAACACGGCGUUUAGGGCUUCUGCUUGGAUGGGGAGAUGAUUUUUCUGUGCCCCCUCGGACGGGGGUCAUGCUACAAUAUGCUGUAUCCAUCAGAUCGGGAGUUUGGCGUGGAGAGCGGUUUUAAUGGUGCAAGACACCCGAUGCAUUGCCUUCUCUUAUUCACGUCCCUGUGUCCGACAUCGUAACUGUCUUUAGG